UGACACAGUUGUUCCCCCAGCCCUGCGGGGCGGGCAGCAUGGUUCACUCCAGCAUGGGGGCUCCAGAAAUAAGAAUGUCUAAGCCCCUGGAGGCCGAGAAGCAAGGUCUGGACUCCCCGUCAGAGCACACAGACACUGAAAGAAAUGGACCAGACACUAACCAUCAGAACCCCCAGAAUAAAACCUCCCCGUUCUCCGUGUCCCCAACCGGCCCCAGCACCAAGGUGGGCAUUCUCUCUGGCCUCCACUUAACAUUCUGGGGUCCCGGACCCUGCCUCUCUCCCCCCCAGAUCAAGGCUGAAGACCCCAGUGGCGACUCAGCCCCAGCAGCACCCCGCCCCCCCCAGCCGGCUCAGCCACAUCUGCCCCAGGCCCAACUCAUGUUGACGGGCAGCCAGCUAGCCGGGCUCACGGCGCUGAUGCCAACUCAGCAGCAGCUCCUCCUGCAGCAAGCCCAGGCCCAGCUCCUGGCCGCCGCCGUGCAGCAAUCCAGUGCCGCCGCCGCCGCUGCUGCCGCCUCCUCCACCUCCUCCUCCUCUUCCUCCUCCUCCUCCUCUGCCUCCUCCUCGACCUCGCAGCCCCCAGCCUCCUCUGGGGGGGGUGACCUGCCACCACCACAGCCUGCCAGCCAGCCCCCCGGGACCCCGCAGCUCACCCUCUCCCAGCCCAUCCAGCUCACAGCACAGGACAUACAGCAGCUCCUCCAGCUUCAGCAGCUGGUGCUUGUCCCCGGCCACCACCUCCAGCCACCUGCUCAGUUCCUGCUGCCACAGGCCCAGCAGAGUCAGCCAGGCCUGCUACCGACGCCAAAUCUCUUCCAGCUACCUCAGCAAACCCAGGGAGCUCUUCUAACCUCCCAGCCCCGGGCCGGGCUGCCCACACAGCCCCCCAAAUGCUUGGAGCCACCAUCUCACCCCGAGGAGCCCAGUGACCUGGAGGAGCUGGAGCAGUUCGCCCGCACCUUCAAGCAACGCCGCAUCAAGCUGGGCUUCACACAGGGUGACGUGGGCCUGGCCAUGGGCAAGCUCUACGGCAACGACUUUAGCCAGACGACCAUCUCCCGUUUCGAGGCCCUCAACCUGAGCUUCAAGAACAUGUGCAAACUCAAGCCCCUUCUGGAGAAGUGGCUCAACGACGCAGAGACUAUGUCUGUGGACUCAAGCCUGCCCAGCCCCAACCAGCUGAGCAGCCCCAGCCUGGGCUUCGACGGGCUCCCCGGCCGGAGACGCAAGAAGAGGACCAGCAUCGAGACAAACGUCCGCUUCGCCUUAGAGAAGAGUUUUCUAGCGAACCAGAAGCCUACCUCAGAGGAGAUCCUGCUGAUUGCAGAGCAGCUGCACAUGGAGAAGGAAGUGAUCCGCGUCUGGUUCUGCAACCGGCGCCAGAAGGAAAAACGCAUCAACCCCUGCAGUGCAGCCCCCAUGUUGCCCAGCCCGGGGAAACCGGCCAGCUACAGCCCCCAUCUGGUCACACCCCAGGGGAGCGCCGGGACCUUGCCAUUGUCCCAAGCUUCCAGCAGUCUGAGCACAACAGUUACUACCUUAUCCUCAGCUGUGGGGACGCUCCACCCCAGCCGGACAGCCGGAGGGGGUGGGGGCGGGGGCGGGGCCGCGCCCCCCCUCAAUUCCAUCCCCUCUGUCACUCCCCCACCCCCGGCCACCACCAACAGCACAAAUCCCAGCCCUCAAGGCAGCCACUCGGCUAUCGGCUUGUCGGGCCUGAACCCCAGCACGGGAAGCACAAUGGUGGGGUUGAGCUCCGGGCUGAGUCCAGCCCUCAUGAGCAACAACCCUUUGGCCACUAUCCAAGCCCUGGCCUCUGGUGGAACCCUGCCCCUUACCAGCCUUGACGGCAGCGGGAACCUGGUGCUGGGGGCGGCUGGCGCGGCCCCGGGGAGCCCCGGCCUGGUGACCUCGCCGCUCUUCUUGAACCACGCUGGGCUGCCCCUGCUCAGCGCCCCGCCUGGCGUGGGCCUGGUCUCUGCAGCCGCUGCAGCCGUCGCGGCCUCCAUCUCCAGCAAGUCUCCGGGCCUCUCCUCAUCCUCCUCCUCGUCCUCAUCCUCGUCCUCCACUUGCAGCGAGGCGGCAGCACAGACCCCUGGAGGCCCUGGGGGGCCCGAGGCAGGGUCCAAGCCCGAGUGAGGGCCCACCUUGCCUCCCCUCCUACUCCUCUGAUCCCCACCUCAGUCCCCCCGCCUGGGAAGAGGGCGAGGAGGUCCGCGGUGGUGGCGCAGAGGGUCCUUGGAGCUGGAGUGACAAGGGAGGAAAGACCAAAAAAACAAAAAACAAAAAACAAAAAAAAAAAAACCCAACUAACCAAAAAAACAAACAAACAAAAAACAAAACAAAAGGAAGAAAGAAGGAAAGAAAGAAAAUGAAAGAAACCAACCAAGAAAAGAAACCAAAAAUAAUCGCAACAGAAACCAGCUGCCCCAAAGGAACCAGAGGUGAAAAGCAAACCAAAACCAAAAACAAAAAAAAUCCCCCACAAAACCAAACCAAAAACCAGUUGCGAGCCAGACCUCAGUGUGCUCACCCUCACCGCUACGACACCAAAUAAGAACCCCAGCCAGGGGCAGAGAAGCCUCGGCAGGGCGGACCUCUCCCCAAGCCCCUGGCUGGGGGGCCAACCCCCAACCUUGCCUCCCUCGGUGGGGGCCAGAGAAGGCAAAAGAGAAUGUGCCAGCCUCCAGCCCCAGCCCCCAGCCCUGGGCCAGCGAAGACAGGGCACAGCCUGGGGCCAACGGGUUGGGCUCAGAGCCACCCGCCAAAUGUUCUUUUCCAGAAGGUGAAAGAGAAGGGGCCUGAACAACCUUACACCAAAUAUUCAGUAGCUUCAUCCAAAGGAUGUACAGAAUUUUUAGCGUUGCGCUCAACAGAAUGUGUCCCUACCAUGUGUCCCCCUCUCCCUUGGCCCCCAGCUCUCCCCACCUGGGCAGGGGGUCUCGCUUUAACCUCCUCCCUCCCCCAGCCAGGGGAGAGCGCAGGGGCAGGCCUGGGAUGACUUUUCACCCCUCGUAUCUCCCCCUUUUCCCUUUGAAGGGUGGGCUAGGCUGUUUUGCGAAGUUCUAGCUCUCACAUGUGCCCCCCUCAACCCCAUCACUGUCCUCUGCUCUGGAAUCCACCCACCGCCCCAGCCCAGGGGAAGGUGGACGUUUCGGGCAAGAGGGAUGAGGUGAGGGCAUUUGAGUUGUCUCUUUUCCCAUCCUCGUCUGUCAGUUUCCCUGAAAAAAAAAAAAAAAUUCAUAUUCCAGUGCCUAUCCGUGGGAUCCUUCACGUUCUUUGACAUUGACCAGAAACCAAAAAGAGAACUCACCUCGCUCUUCCCACCCUGUGCCCCUCUGAUACUGGCAGAUGCCUCUUCCCCCCCACCCCACACAUGUAUACACGCACGCACCCCAGUGGUGGGGUUCCUCAAGGUGGCAUCCCCAUCAGGGUCCAUGUGGCGGGGACAGUGCCAUGACCUGUGGUCCCCAUCCGAGAGGGCGCUGUGGUGGCCACCACUCCCACGAGACCUCCCUCAAGUCUUGGCUGGACCCCAUGUUUACCCAGCCCCGGACCCGUCUCAACGGACAGAGGAGAGACGCCACUGGGAGCCACUUUGCCCUCCUGCUAUGUGGAGGCCAACAAAGUUUUGAACCAAAAACAAAACACAAAAAACAAAAAAACCAAACAAACAAUAAAUUAAAACUAGGGAAAAAAAGAAUUUAUAGAUAUAUAUAUAUUUAAGGGAAAGAAGACGAGGACUUUUCAAGAAUAAGAAGGAGCCGCGAGGUGGAGCCAAGCCCCUGCGCCAGUGGUCCAGGCCCUUGGUCCCCAAGGCGGAUGGAAGGACAGACGCUUCUUUCUCUUCACAAAUACCUCAUGGACGUCGUCUUCGGGAAAGCCGGAGGGGGAGGCUGGGGCUGGGCCUGUCCCUCAGCCAGGGCAGAUGGAAGCGGGCGGGCAGGGCUGGGAGGGGGGGGUCAGGGACAGGGGUGAAGAGCCCCAAGCUCCCUGCCCCCCAAUCCAUUGAAAAAGCUUUAAAAAAAAAAAAAAAGAACGAAACAAGGAAUAAGCAAGCAAAAAGAAUGGACAAAGGAAAACGAACAAACUUUCGGGUGGUUUGAUUCCUCCUCUGAUUUCUUUUUCUGUUCUCUUCAGUCCGUUCUCUCUCUGCUUCUCUCUCCCCAUCAUCCUUCACUCUUCUCUCGCCCCUCUCAGUCUCCCGUCUUUCUGUGUCUCUCCUCAAACCAAAGUGUUGCUGUGAAGGACGCGAGCCAUUGAAAUCAGAGGCCUGGACCCCACUGGGUGGAGCAGCGGGGAGCCCAGAGCCCCGAGCCCCAGCGGUGCCACUGGACACUCCAAGGAGAGGCGGCUGCCACCCUGGACCCCCCGAGGCCUCAGCGUUCUUUCUUUCUUGUCUCCUUUCUCCCACCCGGGAAAUGAAACUGUUGGGCUGGGCCACGGAGACAGCAGAGACUCGGCUGUUUUGGGGGUCUCGGGGUGCCUUGUCUGGGCAGCAGUGGAGCGGCUGCCCCUCCCGCCCUGGCACCGAUGGGGCCUGGCAUGCUGUCGACCCAUCCUUGCCGGAAUGUAAGCAUCUCCGCUGAACCGACUCCCUGCCCUUACCCUACCUCUGAGUUUGUCCAUGUUUAUUUCCUGAAGAGAAGGGACUGGUGAGAGGGCCUGGGCCCCAGCCCAAGGGUGGAGAGGGGGCCAAGGGCUCCUGAACAGAUAGGAAGGACAUUUGAGCAGAGCAAAAUGAAAGGAAUUACGACCAAAUACCCCUCCGAGAAGACAGGCAGCAUGGAAGGCAUGGUGGAGAUGACUCAAAAACUAUGAUUCUAGACCAAAAAAAAAACAAAAAACAAAAAACAAAAAAAAAACAAAAAAACCCACAAAAAACAAAAAAACAAACAAACAAAAAAACCCACCAAAAAACCCCACAAAAAAAAACAACAAAAGAAAAAAACAAAAAAAAAAAAAGGAAAAAAGAAGAAAAAAAGGAAAGAAAAUCCAGGAUUCACCACCACCCACUUCAUCCUGCUUCCUCCCCAUCAAGUUGGGCCACUCCACACCCCGCACCCCCUGGUGUGGGGGGAGUGGGGCAGAGAGGAGAGGAGGAAGCAGGGGCAGGGAUGGGGCCAAUGCCCUGACAUUGGUGGAGGGACCCCCGUCCAGCCGGGGGUGGGGAGGGACCCUCCCCAUCCAACCCCCAUAACUGGGAAAAGAAAAACAAGAAAAAAAAAGAAAAUUCCUGGGAGGGGAAAAAUAACCAAAUCCCAAGCUUUAACUACAGCUGUGAAACCAAAUAUUGGGAAGGGGGUGGGAGGGAGGGAGGGGCAUGUGUGCCCCAGGUCUCCCCCCUGGGCCCCCCUCCCCCGAGGACUCGAGAUAAGGCACCAAAUACCUCAUAGAACUUUAAUGUUAAAAAAAAGGAAACCAAAUAUCGUUGGCUGGGGGCCAGCCAGGGCAAGGGGCUGGGGGGCUGGAGGGAGCCAGGGUUGGGAAAGUGAUGGGGGAAUUCAUGCCCCCCACCCCGCUCUGCCCCUUCCACUCCAGUACCCCCUGUCUCGACUCCGGGAAACAAAACUAUCUCAUCGUUUUUAUUUUGUGGUCUGUAUAGAGCCUGUGUCCGUGUGUCUGUGUGUGAGCGAGAGAGUUGGGGGGCUGGGGGACUUUAUGUGGGAGAUGGGGAGGGAGACCCCAAGCUAGGCUCUGGGCUAGGUGAGAUGUCUGAGGUGGGGGGCCAGCGGCCUGGGCUAGAAAGAGAGGAAGAUGAGUGGAUUGGAGGAAGGGGGAGCCUUCUGAAAUUCUCUUCUCCCCAACACUGACCUCCUACUUGAGGGAGGGACAGAGAAUGGGUCUACCCUAAUGGUGGGCCUUUUGUGCCAAAAAAAAAAAAAAAAAAAAAAUGCCAGUAACUGAAACAUCUCUCUGUUCUCUUCUGGGAGGGUGGGGGUUGGAAUUGGGAGGGAGGGGUGGGGGUAUAAGUAGGGUUGGGUGGAGAUGGGGAACCCAAGCCCUAUAAAAGUUGGGGCUAUGAUCAGGAGGGGAGGGAAGGAUAUGAGUCUUUUUCUGUCCCCCCCCCAGCACAUCUCCUCCCUGGGGAAGCCCAAGAGAGGGUCUCCAAGCCCUGCACCCUGGGAAGACAGGCUAAGGGAUUAGCCUCUUAGGUGAUGACCUGACUAAUUUCCUUGCCCACCCAAAUCCCAGGGUGCCUCUCUCUCCCUUUAGCCCAGGGUAGGGGGAACUGAGUGAGAGAGAGAGUGAGACCGACUGAGCAAGACUGAGACACGCGGGCCCCCACUGGCCUCCAAGUGGGAAAGGCAAGUGAGAGAGAUAAAGGCCUCCAAGAGAAAAAAAAAAAAACAAA